CCUUGCGCUGGGAUUGGCUGGCUUCGCGCGAGCGCCGGCGCGGAGUGGCUGGCGAGGUUUUAGAGGGAGUCCCGCUCUCCAAUUAAAGCGGCCCAGCUGCGCCUGGCUGCGCACAGAGCUCCCUCCCAGGCCCGCGAACUUGGCCAUUCAGCCGCCGCUGUCUCCGCUGCGCGCCCUCGCGCCUCUGCCUGAGAAGCCAGGCGCUGUUCCACCCCGCCAGAAGAGGAUGGCAAAGGUGGCUAAGGACCUCAACCCAGGAGUUAAAAAGAUGUCCCUGGGCCAGCUGCAGUCAGCAAGAGGUGUGGCAUGUUUGGGAUGCAAGGGGACGUGUUCAGGCUUCGAGCCACAUUCAUGGAGGAAAAUAUGCAAGUCUUGCAAAUGCAGCCAAGAGGACCACUGCCUAACCUCCGACCUAGAAGACGAUCGGAAAAUUGGCCGCUUGCUGAUGGACUCCAAGUAUUCCACCCUCACUGCUCGGGUGAAAGGCGGGGACGGCAUCCGGAUUUACAAGAGGAACCGGAUGAUCAUGACCAACCCUAUUGCCACUGGGAAAGAUCCCACUUUUGACACCAUCACCUACGAGUGGGCUCCCCCUGGAGUCACCCAGAAACUGGGACUGCAGUACAUGGAGCUCAUCCCCAAGGAGAAGCAACCAGUGACAGGCACAGAGGGCGCCUUUUACCGCCGCCGCCAGCUCAUGCACCAGCUCCCCAUCUAUGACCAGGAUCCCUCGCGCUGCCGUGGACUUUUGGAGAACGAGUUGAAACUGAUGGAAGAAUUUGUCAAGCAAUAUAAGAGCGAGGCCCUCGGCGUGGGAGAAGUGGCCCUCCCGGGGCAGGGUGGCUUGCCCAAGGAGGAGGGGAAGCAACAGGAAAAGCCAGAGGGGGCAGAGACCACUGCCACUACCACCAACGGCAGCCUCAGUGACCCGUCCAAAGAAGUGGAAUACAAGCCAGUCCCACUCGUGUGAUAACCCAUUAAUCUAUUAAGCCAUGAGUGGAUUAAUCCAUUCCAGAGGGCCUAAGCCCUCACGACCCAAUCAUCUCUUAAAGGCCCCACCUCUCAAUACUGCCAUGCAGAGGAUUAUGUUUCAACCUGAGUUUUUGGAGGGGAUGUUCAACCCAUAGGAAGUGGCAGUAUGGAAGACGUGCUGUUGAGGAGUGAGCCACUGGGGGCCAUUUUGAGAAAACAGAAAGGAGAAGCCAGCGUUGGGGAGAUGAAAGCCUCAUGGCUUGGUUUGUCUUAAACUGCCCCACAGAAGGCGAAAGGAAUGCUUGAGGCUGGACCACGUGGGUCUAGUGUGCACUGCAUUUCUGGUCCCCAGCCCCUGUUUUACUUUUGCUCCCCCUGCCCCAUCAACCAAGUGUCCUCAUUUGUUUCUAUGGCAAUUAACUUUUGGAGAUAGAAGUCCCAGCACAUGAGAUCCCCAAGCACAUUAUCUACCUUGCUGAACAGUCUGGCAGUCACCCGUGAGCCAGGCGACCCAGGGAAAUGCCAGCCCAAACGAAGCUGCUGCCACAUCCAGAGAGGGCCAGACUCUUUCUCCCUUGGAGUCACUCAAGCUAAUCAUCCAAAACUUGCAUCCUCCAUCUCCAAGCCCCAUCUUAUUAGCACCAUCUGGGAUUGCCAUCCAAGGAACUGUUUUAUCUGAGAACUCUUAAGACCAAAGAACAAGAUUUAUUUCCUCUACUACAGAUUUGGUAGUGACGCAUAAAAGGCCCAUUUCUCAGGAAGAGUACAUGUCCUAGGGAUAUAAAAAAGAAAAAAAUAUUAGAUCUAGUUACCAUGGUCUAUAAACUGGUCUUUCCCGCCCCACCCUGAUCCUGGCUUCUGUCCACCCUCAAAUAGCUGUUUGUUCAUAAACCCUAAAUACUAGAUAAUUCCAAGUUGGAAGGAGACCUCUAAGUCACUGUAGCAUUUCCAAAUCACCAUUCCCAAGAAACAUGUGGAUCUGACAUCGUAUUUUAUUCUUGACUGAGCCUCGCACAUUUGUUCAGUGUGGAACAAAGGCAAAGGCAGCCCGAGAACCCGGGUCCUUGCCUACAGUCAGCUUUAGGAAAUGAUUGUGAACUUGGGAAGCAUUUAAAUAGCAAUACUAGACAGUAAAUGGAAAAGGCCAAAGUUAGAAAAUAAGUAGGGAUUCCAAAGGAAGCCUUUAUUGGUUGGGCUGGGCUGGGCUAGCUGUGGAAGACAGACUUCUAUGUCCCUGCCCCAACCACAAUUUUAAUUUAAUUAUUAUGUAAUUAGUGAAUUGACGUCUGUCACCGUCUGUAGAUGCUGAGAUCUUGUUCAUCUCUUUAUUUGCAUUGAUAUACAUAGCUGUUGCUCAAUAAAUAUGUGACCCAUGAA